AUGUCCUCAUUUGUUUUUCCCAGUAUUGCUUUAACUAAGAUUGCUCAAGAACUUUAUGAAAAACAGAAAAACUUUUAUAGAGAGAAUUAUGUAGAAAAAAAUAAUUAUGAAUUAUUGGAAGACUUUCCAGAGUGGCUUGAUGGAAUAGGGUUAAAAAUAUUGGCUCCAUAUUUCGAAAACAUGAAAUGGCAAGAAGUUAUGUCGUUAAGCACUAGAAAUUUAAUUGAUAUGGGAAUCAAGAAUUCAAAUAUUAGAAGUUUAUUGAUUAGACAUUUUUGGAGAUCCAAAGUGAUACAUAUUAAAUCGAAAGAAUUAAUCUUAACGCAAGUUCAAUUAAACUACCGCGAUAGAGAUUUUCAAAUGAUUGGAAGGGAUCUUGCGGUUGAUCCUUAUUUAUUAAAGGAUUUGAAAUUUUGCCUUAAUGCAAUGGGAUACGCUUAUUCAAAUUUUGCUCCAUUUUUUUAUGGUAAAACUUGGCAAGAAAUUAUUGAUAUGAACGUCAAUAAUUUAUGGGAUAAUCAUAUUAAUGGUAGCAAACGAAGAAGUGAUGAAUUAAAAAAAAUAUAUCAAACAAAUAAAUUCUGA